AUGGCUGGCCCGCUCGACUUCACCAAGCAGACCUUCACCCUCAACACGGGGGCGAAGAUGCCCGCCGUCGGCCUCGGCACCUGGCAGUCCAAGCCUAACGAGGUCCGCGAGGCCGUCAAGGCUGCCCUGCUCGCUGGCUACCGCCACAUUGACACUGCUCUCGCCUACGGCAACGAGCACGAGGUCGGCCUCGGAAUCAAGGACUCGGGCGUCCCGCGUGAGGAGAUCUGGAUCACCACCAAGCUCGACAACCCGUGGCACAAGCGCGUCGAGGAGGGCAUUGAGUCGUCGCUCAAGUCGCUCCAGACCGACUACGUCGACCUCUACCUCAUGCACUGGCCCUCGUCCACCGAUCCCACCGACCUGAAGAAGCACCACCCCGACUGGAACUUCGUCGACACCUGGAGGGAGCUCCAGAAGCUGCCCGCUUCCGGCCGCGUUCGCAACAUUGGUAUCUCCAACUUCGGCAUCAAGAACCUGGAGAUCCUGCUCAACGACCCCCAGACCAAGAUCGUCCCGGCCGUUAACCAGAUCGAGCUCCACCCCAACAACCCUUCGCCCAAGCUCCUUGCCUACCUCAAGGAGAAGGGUAUCCACGCCACCGCCUACUCCUGCCUCGGCUCCACCGACUCCCCUCUGUACAAGGACCCCACCGUCGCUGAGGUCGCCAAGGCCAACAACAAGACCAUCCAGCAGGUUCUUCUCAAGUGGGGUCUCCAGCGCGGCACCAGCGUCAUUCCCAAGUCUGUCACUGCCUCGCGCAUUCAGGCCAACUUUGACCUUGAUGGCUGGGAGCUGUCUAAGGAGGAUGUUGACAAGCUGAGCAACCUGAAGGACCGCUUCAAGGUCUGCGGUGACGCUUGGCUGCCCAUCAAGGUCUUCUUCGGCGACGACGAGUAA